CGCGUUUACUUCCUCAUUUACGGUAGUGAACUUCUGCGCUCCGCUCGCUGUCAUGCAGGUGGAAUUCAGUCCAGCCGUGUGAUUCAAGCACAUCAGGACAGACAUUCAGUUUGAAGAGAGCUCCUCUCCAAGCCUGACUUCAUAUCCGACCAUCACAUCCACAUUUUACCUCAUCACAGUCAUGGCAUCAUCAGCACAGCCGAGGAGUUUGAACAGCACGCAGAUCGGACACAUUUAAACGACGAAUCUUCAGAGAGACUCGCAUCAUGCUCAGGUGGUCUGUCUUUCCCACUGAAGGAGAUCAUACAGGCUGCAUUUGGGAAAGAAAACAGUCGUGUGAAUGUUUAGAAUAUUAAUCAGAUCCUUUUUAUAAUCAUGGAGGAGAGCAAUACCUGUGAAUCAGUCCCUGAUUUAAAGGAUCUGGAGUUGAAAGUGGGAAGAAAGACCCCGGAGGGGCUCCUGAGGUGGAUGAGAGAGGAGCACAAAAUGAUCUCUCAUCAUCAGACAGACAAUAAUGAGACCGAGAAGAAGGGCCUGGAUGAGAAGAUCCGAAAACUUAAAACGGAGAUGGCUCAUCUACGAGCAGCAGAUGUCAAGAUCUUGAACCAGUUACUAGCACUUCACGAGGGCAUUGAGGCAGUGAAAUGGCUCCUGGAAGAGCGUGGUGCGCUCACCAGCCGCUGCAGCAGCCUGACCAGCAGCCAGUACAGCUUAGGGGAGGGUCCUGACACCUCCUGGAGGGGCAGCUGGAGCAGUCUGCAGGACCCUCAUGACAAGCUGGACAACAUUUCCAUUGGCAGCUAUCUGGACACAUUAGCUGAUGACCUGGAUGAGUACUGCCCCUCCAGUGGGACUGAAUCAAUACUCUGUGCCACCCCUAUGGGGACAGAAGGCUCCAGAGGUACUGGAGGAGGAGUGGGAAAUUCCACUGGAUCUGGAACCAGAUCUCCACAAGUCAAGUCCGAAGCCCCUAAAGAAGAAGCUCAGGUUUGGAGUAAAGCACAGUCCAACAAGCCCAAUGGAAUCCUGGACAAAGCAGUGAAGCAAAUGGUCAGACCAGAUUCGCCCAGAGCUUGUCUCGCUGAGAAGCUGGGGAAGAAUCUAAGCCCUAAAAUGAAACCCUACAAGAAUGGCAAAGUUGAGUUGGAAAGCUGCAAAAUGAACGGCAAAGUUCAACUAGAGUAUGACGCACACUGGCGUUGGGUGCAGUCGCAGGAUGAUGUGACUUUUUUGUGAAAAUAUGCACGAUCAAGCCAAAGGUGUUGAUGGAAGACUGCUCUGGUUUAAUAUUCACCACUGAGCUUUUGUUUGCAGACUUUGAUCUUUGAUUAAUUUGAGGCCAGCUUCUCAGUUCUUCUGAAGUGACAGAGGUGAAGAGGUCAGCAACGGGAAAGAAUCAAUAAUGGAAAGAAGCUUAGACCUGUGGGGGGGUCAUAGUUUAAAAAUCUUGAAUUAAUGACGUUACACUCUUUGUUAGGUUGUGUAGAUGUUUAUGGACGCAUGUUUCAAAUUCGCAUUUCAUGAGAUCUUUUCUGUAAUGGCGUCUAUUGAUUCAGCACAACUAUUUAAGUCAGUAAUUCAGGACUUUAUUAAAUAAGUCAGUACAUUAAGUAAGGGAUAAUGUACAUCCAGCUGGUUAUAAUCACAGAAUAAAGCCCGACAGAGUCAUCAGCAGUUGUAUAAGACUGAAGGGCUUUAUUUUGCAAUAACAACCAGCUGGAUGUACAUUAUCCUGCUUAUUACACGGCUAUUUGUCACAAAACUAAAUAAUCAGACAUGGAAUAUUGAUUUGAGAGUAAAUAUAUUCGAACACAAUACUUUUGUGAAAAAAACAGUUGCUAGUUUAAACCAGAUGGCAUAAUUAUGGCAAUAAAAGAUUUAAAAUGAAACUGUUUUAAAAUCUUACCGGUUUGUUAGUUAUUUUACAAUGUAUUACAGUCAUCCCAAAAUGGCAACAGCUGCAAUUGUAUAAAAACGGGUCCCCACGAUACCAGAAUGACAUAAUUAAAUCAUUCUACAUAGAAUAUUGAGUUAUUAUUAAGUAUUUUAUUAGCCAACCAAACGUAAAGCUUCUACAAAGAAAAAAAAAAUUCUUAGCAAGCAAAUAGCACCGACUGCAGUUACCCAGAUGAGCCUGUGUUAUUAGUUUUUAGCAGCUUUUAUUGGGGAAUAACAUACCUCAGAAUGUGGUGACUGACCAAUCAAGUAUUCUGUGUAGCCGUGUAACAAGUAAGGGAUAAUGUACAUCCAGCCGGUUGUUAAUCACAGAAUAAAGCCUGAAAGGCUUAUCAGCAGUAAGUUGUUGAAUAAGACUGAAGGGCUUUAUUUUGUAAUAACCAGCUGGAUGUACAUCAUCACACUUAUUACACGGCUGCUUGCCACAAAAGUAAAUAAUUAGACACGAAACAUUGAUCCGUUCAAAUAUUUGAAUGCAAAGCUUCCGUGAAGAAAGCAGUUAGCCAACCAAACACAAAGCUUCCACAAAAGAAAAAUGUUCUUAGCAAGAGAAUAGCGCCGACUGCAGUUACCCGGAUGAGCCUGUGUUAUUAGUUUUUACCAGUUGCUAUCGGGGAAUAACAUACCUCGGAAUGUGAUGACUGACCAAUCAGAAUCGAGUAUUCUGUGUAGCCGUGUAAUAAUUUCAUUUAAAUAAUGUAGUUUCAAUCCUAUGUGCUUAUUUUAAUACAGUUCUCAGAAACAGUCAAAACUUCACAAUAUUCAUCAAGAUUUUUUUUUUUAAUACUACCAUUCAAAUGUUUGGGGUUGAUCAAAUGUAUUGGUUUUUUUUUUAAAGAGGUCUCUUAUGCUCACAAAGGCUGCAUUUAUUUGAUCAAAAUACAUUAAAACAGUAAUAUUGUGAAAUAUUACAAAUUAAAGUAACUGCUUUCUAUUUCAAUAUUUUAAAGUUAAUUUAUUUAUGUUAUGGCAAAGCUGAAGUUUAAUAUUAAUACUUAACAUUUUUGUAGAAACUGUAAUAAUUUAUUUCAGAAUUCUUUGAUGAAUAUAAAGUCAAAGUCAUCAAAAUAAAUAUGUGUGUGACCCUGGACCACAAAACCAGUCUUAAGUAACACUGGUAUAUUUGUAGCAACUGCCAAAAAUACAUUGUAUGGGUCAAAAUUAUCGAUUUUUCUUUUAUGCCAAAAUCAUUAGGAUAUUAAGUAAAGUAAAUAUACUGUAAAUAUAUCAAAACUUAAUUUUUAAUUAGUAAUAUGGAUUGCUAAGAACUUCAUUUGGACAUGUUUAAAGGUGAUUUUCUCAGUUUUUUGAUUGUUUUGCAUCCUUAGAUUUCAGAUUUUCCAAUAGUUGUAUCUCCGCCAAAUAUUGACCCUUUUGACUGGUUUUGUGGUCCAGGGUCAUAUGUAAAAAAUACAACAUUUAUUUGAAAUUUAAAUCAUUUGUAAUAUCUACCGUCACUUUUGAUCAAUUUAAUGUGCCCUAAACAAGGUAAUUGCACAAAUGCUCACAUUUUACAUUUCCUUAAUAUUUUAAAGUGGACCAAAGUUUGUUUAUCUAAAACAAUCCAAAAGCUUGAAACCACAGCAGCUUAUUUUAUUAAAAUCAGAUUGAACAGAUUUUUUUAUGCUGUGCCUGACCAUUUUGUUUGACCUUUCUGCUGAUUACAAUAUGGACAAAAUAAAGUGCAGCUUUUGCUCUUAAACUGUAGGGAAUGUUUAAAUCAUGCUCCAUUUUACUACCAAAGUCUUAAAUCACCUCAGAGUGUGUUCCUUUGAGUUAACAUCUAAAGGUCAAAGAAUAAAUCCAUUCUGAAUACCAAGCAUGUUCCCAUCUGUUACAAUGUGACCCUGAGUCCAGAAUCAGCAACACCCUUGAGUUGCCUUUGACAAUUAAGUAUACAAUCACAAUGCCAUUUUUAAAUAUAUAUAUAUAUAUAUAUAUAUAAAUGUUAAUUUGAAAACUGCUUGUAGUUUACUCUUUGUCUGUCAGAAUGCUUAUGUAAUCAAUGCUGUAUUGUCAAUCUAAUCAGGUAAACUGUGGGUUAGCUUUAAGUAGGAUCCUGCUUUGAAGUACCAAUUAAUACUGGUUGUAUUGGAUCACUGAACUAAAUGAUCUUGAAAAACAGGAAAUUAAGGAUGUCAUAUAGCUUAUUCCACUGCACAGAUUUAAUGGAGUAAUACUGCUCAUACAAACGCAUGGAGACCAGUGGUUGUGCUGUGAUCUUUGCCUUUGUGAUGUCUUUUCUUAUUUAAAAAUUCAGCACCUAAAGUGCACUUUUAAUUUAAGGUUGUUCAGAUGACUAACUUUUACCAGUUAAUCAAGUUCUAUUUGUGGUGUAACUUUGACUAGUCACAGUGUUAGCACUGGAUGUAACCCUGCAUUGCCUAUGUUUUGUAUGCCAAAAGAACUGCAUUGAUGUAAUAUUUUUUUUGUCUAAUGGAGGAACUGAAAGUACUAUCAGUAUUUAGCAAUUUCACAUAUGGUGUGUUAUGUAAUAAAACACUGUACUGUA